UUGCAUGGUGUUCAACUUCAGAAUAUGACUAUGAACUUCCUUCUCCUUCUCCAUUCCAUUUCCAAAUCUCUUGUCAUCCAAAUUUCCCUCUCCAAUACUACUUCCCCGUAUAAGUCUUUUCCUACACCUCAGCCUCCCGCCUCCGUCCCACUCCUCUUCCACCGCUGAUAUACUUGUCUUGUCCUCUCCCACUUCCGCAAUGGCUUCACCGCCAACCGCCGCCGGCCCCACCAUCCGAAAUCCAGGGAACCCUGACGCCACCCCGCCACCAUCCAUCCUGCACCUUUCUUUCAACCAGGAAGGAGGCAGCUUUGCCGUCGGCACCACCAACGGCUUCAUGAUAUUCAACACCAGCCCUUUUGUACAAAUCAUUCGCCAAGACUUCUCCAAGAAUGACCAAGGUGGUGGCGUUGGUGUUGUGCAGAGGAUCUUCAGCACCAACGUAUUCGCCGUAGUCGGCGGAGGGGUCGGCCCAGAACUCAGCCGCAAUAAAAUCAUGAUUUGGGAUGAUCUUAUGAGAAAAUUCACUGGGGAGCUCUAUUUCCGUUCCGAAGUGAAGAGCGUUCGCCUCAGGUGGGACCGCAUUGUUGCGGUGACGAUGCAGAAGGUGCACGUUUUCGAUCGAACGGACUUGCGAUUGUUGCAUCAGAUAGAGACGGCGCCCAAUCCGAAGGGGUUGUGUGAAGUUGCCCUGUCGGGGCAGAUGGUUCUCGUUUGCUUGGGAUCGGAUAAGGGGGAGGUGAGGGUGGAGCACUACGGGUUAAGUAGGAGUAGGCUGAUAAAGGCCCACGAUUCGGAUGUUGCUUGUGUUGCUUUGUCGAAUGACGGGAGGCUGCUGGCAACAGCGAGCACGAAGGGGACGUUGGUUAGGGUGUUCGACAUAUCAGACGGAAGGCUGCUUCAGGAGUUGAGAAGGGGUUCUGAAAGAGCAGAGAUUCACAGCCUUUCUUUCUCCUCUGAUGCCGAGUGGCUGGUUGCCUCAAGCAAUAAAGGAACCGUCCAUGUUUUCAGCUUAAACACGGGCUCAAGAUCCACCGGAACCGAUGGAUCACAGGAAGCAGAACAAAGUAGUAGUCCUGUUUCGCGUCUUUCCUCCUUCAAAGGUAUUCUGCCCAAGUACUUCAGUUCCGAGUGGUCGGUGGCUCGGUUUCGUGUACCAGACGAUAUACAACACGUCGUCGCAUUUGGCCAGCAACAGAACACAGUUCUCAUUAUCGGCACCAAUGGCAUAUUCUACAGAUGCAAGUUUGAUCCAAUUGCUGGUGGGGAGAUGACACAAAUGGAAUGCCACAACUUCCUUCACCCAGAACUCAACUCCUGAGUACACUUCAGCUUAGCA